CUUGUUCUGUAGAUUGCGGAGGUUUUUCUGAUGCUUGCGUUUAGAUUUCCCCCAGCUACGUGAAGAGGCGGAGCUCGGAAACCAGUUCCUAUGGGGACCGAUCGGUAAAAGCCUUAGCUCUCAGUCUGCCACAUUUCCACUAGCAUAGCGCUCUCCUUGGCAGAUCCUCGCACAGAACAAGAUCCUCGUUUCUCAGCAUCUUGGACCGCACGACAGCUGUUGUUUUGCUUCAGGGCGUAAAGAAGACCACAGAGAAGCUUGCCGGCAGUUGUCGGGCACAGCCUGGAAGGGCAGAGGGGAGAUCCGUUGAUGCACCUGCGCUGAUGUUCGCCUUGCCCUGGGAUGGACAAGUACGAGAAGAUUGGAAAAAUAGGAGAGGGCUCCUAUGGAGUUGUUUUCAAGUGCAGAAAUAAAGACACAGGGCAGAUUGUGGCUAUUAAGAAGUUUGUAGAGUCUGAAGAUGACCCAAUUAUUAAGAAGAUCGCAUUGAGAGAAAUCAGGAUGCUGAAGCAGCUGAAGCACUCGAACCUGGUCAACCUGAUCGAGGUGUUCCGGAGGAAGCGCAAGCUGCACCUGGUGUUCGAGUACUGUGACCACACUGUGCUCAACGAGCUGGACCGCUACCCCAGGGGGGUUCCAGAACAUCUGGUGAAGAGCAUAACUUGGCAGACCCUCCAGGCUGUAAACUUUUGUCACAAACAGAAUUGCAUUCACAGGGAUGUAAAGCCAGAAAAUAUCCUAAUUACGAAACACCAGGUCAUUAAAUUGUGUGACUUUGGAUUUGCCAGGAUUCUGACUGGCCCCUGUGACUACUACACUGACUACGUGGCCACGCGCUGGUAUCGUGCGCCGGAGCUGUUGGUUGGCGACACUCAGUACGGCCCACCAGUGGAUGUCUGGGCAAUCGGCUGCGUCUUUGCUGAGCUGCUGUCUGGUGCCCCCCUGUGGCCAGGCAAAUCAGAUGUGGAUCAGCUAUAUCUCAUCAGAAAAACAUUGGGUGAUCUCAUCCCCCGGCAUCAGCAAGUGUUUAGUAACAACCAGUUCUUCAGUGGAGUGAGCAUCCCAGAGCCAGAGGAAAUGGAACCAUUGGAAAUGAAAUAUCCUAAUCUGUCAUAUCAAGCCCUGGGUUUAAUGAAGGGCUGCCUGCGGAUGGACCCGGCCGAGCGACUGACCUGCGAGCAGCUCCUGGAGCACCCUUACUUCGACAGCCAGCGAGAGGAGAGGGAGGCCGCCACGCGGGACCAGGACCGCGCGGCCCGGAGGAGGGCCAGGCUGCCCCGCAAGCACCUCCCGCCCGGGUAUUUGCCUCAGCUGACUGGCAGCAAUAUUUUCCCAUCCUUGGACAACAAAAAAUUCUACAACUUACGGAAGUUUAACUACCACUUUCCUAACAUCUGAAGUUACAGCUCAUAAACCCGAGGGGACUGAGAGACUUGCAGGAAAAAACAGGAUUGUCUUAAAAACAAAUGCAACCGGCAAGGUGGUUCCAGUUUCACAAGUGGCAAGCAGCUUUAAGAAUGCUAAGGGUUCCAGGUGUGCUGUGUGAUCAGGUGAUGUCAUUCUAUGCACUGAAAAAAGCUUUUCUACCGAUUUUGUUUUCUGUGGUUUUGUCAUCUUGACUUUGUUCUGCAUGUAUGUACAGUAUAUUGACAAGGUACAGUAAUGCUGUUCUGCUACUAGAUUAAUAUGCAAAAUUGGGCAAAAUUCAACCUUACUGCCUUUCCCAAUUUGCCAAAACGGAUUUCAAUAAGGAAUAAUGAGCCUUGACGUUAUGUUUCACUGUGGAAGUAUCAAUCUCAUUGUUUUAGAUGUUAUGAAUUUAUGAAACCAUAAUAAUGUAGUACAGUUAGGUUUUUGUGUUUACUAAAUUUCACCUAAACCCCCCCCCAUUUGUAUUUUGUGAUUUGUGGGUUUUUCAUCCCACGGUGAAUCUAUGCCAAAAUGUUGUGUAAAAAAAUCUAAGUAUCACACCUGUUGUGAGAAAAUGCAACAAAUGUGUGGUCUCUCUCAGAGCAGCUCUCUUACUUUUUAACUUGAGAUAAUGAAGUUUUUUGCUGUACUUGCUCUUUUCAGUAUUCAACCCCCUCUAUUAUUUACAGCACUUGUAAGGUAUGGUCCUGGGCCCAUGACUGGCCUAUGUUAUGACGUUAGCUGACCUUGAUAGGAUUUUCCCAGGAGCUGUGUGCAAUCGGCCGAGUCAAGCCAGUCAAGAUUAGAUGAACUUGCACCAGCUGGAGUGUCAUCAGAUUGUCGACCAGCAGGGACUCAUGCGGUUUUGGGCUCCUCCAGUUAGUGCCAACUCUCCCGGUAGGCAAUGUGGAGUUUGCAAUGCACAGAAAUAACUAUGCUCACUGGUGGAUGUGUCAGAAGAGAGCACCCUCAGUCCUCAUUGCUACAGGCAGAGCUGACCAACAACCGACAAUUAUAGUGUCAGAGGGUAGAGGAAGAAAAAGGAACUGGUGACACCCAGCUUUUCAAAACAACCUCCCAUUUUCCUUUCCUUUUAAUGAAUCCACUAAAUGCCAAAUUUUGAAAAUUCAUUUGGCCUCUUGUAUAAGCCAGCGGACGUCAACUACUGUAACUCCUAGCCUGCCUUAUGUAUGUACAGUAUAUAUAACGUGUGCACCCAUUUUUUGUUGUACAUUUUUGUAUUACUUUUUUAAAAUUAUUUAAUACGUUUUUGGAAAAAUAAAGAUGGUAGAAAAAUCUUUUCAGGUUUGGAGAAUGGUUUUAAUAAAGUGAUGUUAAAAGGCUUA